GACUGUUUCUAGUCAAAAUCUCGCUCUCCCAGACCAUCUUUUUUCCCUUUCCCUUUGAAACUGGUUCUCUUUAUCACUCCGCCCUUCAACUGUUCGAUGAAAUGACACCCUUCACCAACCCUUAAUACCCCUUUAUUUUCAUUUCAAACCUCACUUGCCUGGUUCUUGGUUAAGCCCUCUUCCAUCUCUGCCUCUUUCUCUGAGUGCUUUUCUGGUGCUUCUACACGUUUUGAAGCUACCCUGUAUACGCCUUCUUUUUAGUUGGAUGCUGCCAUGGAAAGUGAAUCAACUAGCGAGAGGUUGGGAUUGCUUAAAGUGGUUGUGAUUCAAGGGAAGAAGCUAGUAAUUCGUGAUUUCAAGAGCAGCGAUCCUUAUGUUGUUGUCAAGUUGGGCAAUCAGACAGCCAAGACCAAAGUUAUCAAUAGCUGCCUUAACCCUGUUUGGAAUGAAGAGCUAAGCUUCUCCCUCACCCAACCUGUCAAAGAUCUGACAUUAGAAGUGUUUGACAAAGAUCGGUUCAAGUCAGAUGACAAGAUGGGACAUGCCGAGCUGAGUCUUAAACCGAUAGUUUCGGCUGCUCGAUUGAGACGUGCUCUUGGAAUUUCAUUGGGGGCAACAAUGUUAAGAAAGGUUACUCCAGACACUGAUAACUGCCUAGCAAGGGACAGCAGCAUUAGUUGCAUGGAGGGAGGGGGCGUAACACAGAGCGUUUGGUUGAAGCUUCGUGACGUAGAAUCUGGUGAAAUAGAGCUAAAGAUCAAGUUCAUCGAUCAACCUGGUCGGCCAUCCAGAUAAAGAUUACAGGAAGUUCUCGGCCUCGAGUUAUGGGGUAGCCUGUAAAUUUGCUUCCAUUUCCAUAGUUUUGAUCUGUCUGCAGCCUACUGUUUCAAGUGAUUAUGAGUAGAAUGAGGCAGGUUUAGUGUCUGAAGCUUGUGUUAGUGUGUGCUUGUGGGUUUUUCAUGGGAAUGGACAUAGUGAAUAGGCUUGGAAAGUCCAUUCUCGUAGUUGGAUAAUAUUAUAGACAUGGAUAAUUGACCAUCAUCCUUCAUCCUCUCUCAGAAAUUCGUUAGAUAAUAAAAACUAAAAUAGACAUUUUCAUCUC